AUGGCCGCCGGCCUGUCGGAGCAGGACGUGUCGGUGGCGGACGUCGUGGGCUCUGACACCUUGACGCUGCAGGAGCUGACGCAGCAGCAGCGCUCGCUCCAGCUCAACAACAUCUGGGCCGCCACACUGGCAGGUGACGUCGCCCAGACGGCGCUGCACUACGAGGGCCGCGGUGGCAACAACGCCCCGGCCGUGCUGGGCCCGGGCGGCUUCUGGAACAGCACCUACUGCCCGCAUGAGUACAGCCUGGCCAGCCGCGCCAGCGUCACGGCCAUGACCAACGCUGAGAUCUACGGAGGCAUCGACGGCUACCUGAUCGGCUCGCAGCUGAAGGACUGGAGCCACCGUUCCGGCUUCCGGCUUUCGAGCGUGCUGCGCAUGUACUACUCGGCCGAUGGCGUCAGCUACGACCGCCGCUUCCGCGCCUGCGAUCGGCUCACCAAUCUCCUCAACGACGACCUCAUCAAGCAGGACACGCUACAGACGGAGGCGGUGAACUUCGGGUACGCCUACUACGCGGCCGACCUGGGACGGAUGCCAAUGCUGGUACAGGACAGCCUGGACGAGGCCAUGACCGCUUUGGUACAGAAGGUCAUCGAUCAGCUCAUGAGAUUUGCCGGGAACUCGAUGACGGACGACGGACCCGGCUGCAAGGCGGUGCCACCAGCGGGCGACACCAACACUGACCCCAUCUGCUCCACCAAGGCUGACCUGAUGGCCGUCAUGGACCCCUCGCAGGGGGACUCCAGCCUGCAGGCGCAGAAGGUCUUCCUAUCGUGA